AUGGAUUUUGAGAAUCAGUCCGUGAUCAAAAUUCAAACGCUCACUCAAGAAACCUUGACGGUGUUCACUUCAUCGAAAUCUAACAGUUCAUUUAGACCAAAAAUCUUAAUCAAGAUGCAAGAAAACAACUAUCUACUAUGGAAUCAACAAGUUGAAGGAGUCUUCCUUGCACAGAAAAUGAACAAACUUGUUGUCAACCCACAAAUUCCUCAAAAGUUCAAGACUCCUCAAGAUCGUCUCUCAGGUGUGUUUUCUAAUGAGUAUGAAUCUUGGAUCGCUCAAGAUCAUACUGUGUUCAUAUGGCUCUUAUCCACCAUCUCUGAGUCUGUGCUACCUCACGUUCUUGCGUGUAAACACGCAUUUGAAGUUUGGGAUAAGAUUCACUAG